AUGAAAAACGCAAAGGAUGAAAAACGUACAUUACAGCAAAAAAUGAGUGUAUUUCUAUGCAAGUACAGAUCAACACCACAUGCUAUGACGAAUGAGACACCCGCUAAGUUGCUCUUAGGCCGAAAUAUAAGGACACGGCUCGACAUUAUGAAACUCGAUUUGUCAGCUAGGGUAUCAUACGGACAAGACCGCAUGAAAUUGUCGCGUCACACAGGAGAAACUGUCCGACAGUUUUCUAAAGGCCAAAGUGUGAUGGUACGCGAUUAUCGUUCGUCAGACAGGAAGUGGAUUCCUGCAUCUAUCCACACCAAAACAGGACCUCUGUCCUACACUAUUGACACUGGAACAGGAACUCUAUGGAGACGUCAUACAGACCAGCUUCGUGCUUGUACUGUAAAACCAUCAGAGACGGAUGUCACUACAAUAAACUUACCGGAACCGGAAGUCGGUCCUAUUACACCGGAAGUAUCAUCGACUCAUCAGUCAUCUGAUAAAGCAACUAUUUCUGACGGGAAGGAGGAAGUGGUACCUGUGAUGCCUACACAUAAGCAAAAACAGACAAUCAUUUCCAAAUCAUCCCCAUGUGUAAGUGUUGCUCCACGACGCUAUCCAAAGAGAGAACAUUCACGAGCUCCAGUGAAAUUGAACCUUUAA